CCCCCAUCUCCCAGCACCGCGCCUGCGCAGUGGCAGCGUGUCGACUGCGAGCUGUUUCGUCUGGGUCCCGGGUGCGGCCGUUGAGCAAUGGCGUCGGUAGCGCAGCUCAAAGCAGCUUUAAAGGAAACACUGGAAAGAAAAGGUGCGCUUGGACAAAUAAAAGCAAAGAUCAGAACUGAAGUUUUUAAGGCACUGGAUGACCAAAAUGAGCCACGUCCACCGCUGACUCGUGAAAACUUUUUAAUCAACGAACUAAUUCGUGAAUACCUGAAAUAUAACAAGUAUAAUAAUGCAGCACAUGUUUUAACUGCAGAGUCUGGCCAGCCUGAAGUGUCCUUGGAUAGACAGUUUCUUGUCAAAGAGCUGAAUAUAGUUGAAGGCACAAGUGGAAAAUCAGUACCUCUCUUGUAUGGAAUUCUCUCUCAACUCUUACGUGAUGGUAAAGAAGAAAGUAACCAGAAUAACCCUGCAAGAAUGACUUUGCUGAACUAUCCAAAGCAGAACUUCAGCAAACCACCUUCUGAGAGAAAUUAAAAAGACAGAAUUCCAGAGCCAGGAAGGACAGCUGGCACAAGCAUCGAAGAGCCCCUUGUUACACAAAGUAUGAGCAAGUGAUAUCUUUUGUAUGCUAAUUUCUCAUGUAACGUCCUGUAAGAGUUAAUUUAGGAAAUUCCUCUUCGCAUACAUUUCACCAGUCUGUCCAGUGGGACCACUUCAGCUUGUUAGAUCUACCAAUGAGACAGGAUGACUUUGUCAUACAUACUGUCCAUUAAAAAAAAGGCUAGCAAAGUCUCUUUCUCCAGUGCUGAUAGAAGCAAAACUGUAUAAGGAGUUAGAUUAGUGAUGCCUGUCUCUAGAAUUUGGUCUUACAAUAUACUUUAUAAAAAUAGGUUUGCCUUAUAAAAAUGUAUGAGACAACUUGCCACUUCUGCACUUUGCUUGUGUGUUUGUGUUUCUGAAUAAAUUUUUUCUGUUCUAUUCA